CAGACGCCCCUGAUGGCGGCAUGCCUCGCGGGCAAAAGCGAAGUUGUUGAUGAGCUUCUCAGGCUCGGGGCAGACCCAUCUAUCCCUGAGAAAGAUGGUUACACCCCAUCACACGGUGUUGCCUUUCAAGGGCGGGAGCAGGCUGCUCGUGUGCUCGUCAAGCACGGGGUUGACGUGGAUGAGAAGCACGCCGAUGGAUACCAUCCGCUACACAGAACUCUGUGGGGCAGGUCUCCUCGACAUUUGGCGACUGCAAGGGUUCUGGUGAAGGAGGGCGGUGCAAAUGUCGAUGCACUCGAUGGUGGGGGAUCCCCGCCUUCGCACAAGGCGCUCGCGUCGUCGUGGCACGAGAUGCUCGAGCUCCUUCUCGAGCUCGGCGCUGACGUUAACUUGCAGGCGGGCAACGGUGAGACGCUGCUUCACCUCGCGGUGCAGAAUCGGGAUGAGCGGGCAGUCACGGCGAUCGUCAAGGCAGGAGGAGACCCGGCCGUGAAGAACAGCGAUGGCAUGUCGCCCUUAGACAUGGCC